GUCAACAAGGUGAAAUGCGUACCGGGUUGUAAUACAUGAUACGGACCGCGUGACGUUUGUCAAGCUCAAAUUUUGUUUUAUUAUUCUGUGUCUCUCAGUUUCACGGGAUCGCUAAUUGGUCAAAUCCACCAUAGUCCCUAGUAAACUCCGCCGUCGAUUCCAUGGCAUCCCGCCACCACCACCACGGCUGCUCACAGCGCCAAAACCACCACGUCAUCAUCCCUCCAGUCGCCACGUCAUCACGCUGCUGCACCUACGGAGAUUCUACCCACCUUUCUCCUGAUAAUCUUCUUCAUCUCAUCGCUUCUUACCUCCAAACUCAUCAACAAGAAACGCAAUCUCCCGACCAAACCUGCCCCUGCGAAACUCCAUGUCGGAGAUCCAACGGUGGUUUCCACCAGCAUCAGAAGAAUAAUGUUCCGCGAGAACACGACGACCAUGUUAUCUUGUCUUGUCUCCUACGCAAAAUCGACGAUCUCGAGUCGUCUCUCAACGAGUUUGCAGGUCGCUAUGACCAACGUCGAGAUCGGUACUCUACACUGAGAGACUCCGCGGCGCGUGUCAUUCAAACGCGUUUCCGGCCUUACCUUGUUCGGAGGUCCGUAUCCUUUAGGCAUCUAAAGGAACUAGCUUUGAUCAAAUCCAGCUUCGUGUCUCUCAAAUCUUCGGUUGUUUUUCGGAAAGCUACAGACUUGCUUCUGCAGCUUGACUCGAUUAAGGGUAGGGUUGAUCCAAUGAUACGAAGUAGUAAGAGAUCAUUGAGCAGAGAUUUGGUGAGGUUUCUGCACUACAUUGAUGAUUGUGCUGUUAGGAGGUAUGCUUUGUUGUGGGUAGCCAGUUUAAAUUUAGAGGCUGGUGAUGGCAAAAAGCCUCAGGCUGUUGGGGUAGCAGAAGAGAGAAUAAUGGAGAAAUUGAGGAACCGAAUGGGGAAAGUGGUUGUUAGCAAUGGGGAGCUAGAAGAGUUGGACUCCAUGAGUGAUGAGAGUGAAGAACAACUGCCAAUGAAGAGUAGCUACAAGUUUGCGAAAGGCAAUGUAGUGAAGGCAAAACCCAUGGUGUCUGGUAAGGACAGGAAUGUGUAUGACGUAACUUCGAGUGAAGAGAAUGAUUCGGUUGUAGUGAUGUCCAGAGACAAUGAAAGGAAGCAUGGUUCGAAAACAAGGAACAUGGUUUUGGUGGAAGGAAGUGGAGGGAAAACUGUGAGCUUUGAUGAUAUAAGCCAUGUUCCUGUCACGGAUUUUUUUCUUCUUGUCGCUUUCUCCCACGAAUAUCUCUCAGCAGAACGCACUGAAAAAACGUGACCUGUCACGGGGUAAGUACAGUUCCAAACAUCCAAUCAAA